AUUCCGAUCGCUACUAGUGAGGGAGGCUCACUGGUUUAUGAAAAGGAAAACACUGUGACGUUGCAGUAUUCUAUUUACAAGACAGAGGGUAAAGCAGAUUCACAUUGUCUGAUCCUAUUCGGAUAUGAAUAAGAAAUAAGGCUUCAGCGCAAAAUUGCGAUGACAUUUUCCCACGUGCGUAAAGGGUAACAACACAGCUCCACACUAGGACGCUUUGCCUUGCCACCUGUUAGACGAAGAGCCAAAGAAUACGCGGUACUUUAAAACAACCCUCCACUGUUUAACGGUGGCUGAACAUUGCUGCAAUUGCAUUUUGGGCGUCGCACGAGGACUGGCAGAGGAUACGAUCAACACAAUGGAAAGUACCAUAUUAAAUGAGCAGGACUUUUGGUCAUUCAACAAAUCCUGGAGGAACUCAACCCCUGGCAACGGGUUCACCGGGGGAAAUCAGACUAACCCCCUGAAACGGAACGACGAGGUGGCUAAAGUGGAGGUGACCGUGCUCGCCCUGGUCCUGUUCCUUGCCCUGGCUGGGAACCUGUGCGUUCUGGUGGCCAUCCACACCACCAAGCACACCCAGUCCCGAAUGUACUACUUCAUGAAACACCUCAGCAUCGCGGAUCUGGUGGUGGCUAUAUUUCAGGUCCUGCCACAACUUAUCUGGGACAUUACUUUCCGUUUCUAUGGACCCGAUAUCCUGUGCAGGUUGGUGAAAUACCUUCAAAUCGUCGGAAUGUUCGCCUCUACCUAUGUGCUUGUUUUGAUGUCAGUAGACAGGUGUUUGGCGAUUUGUCAGCCGCUUCGGUCUCUGCACAAGAGAAAGGAUCGCUUCUAUGUGAUUAUAUCGUGGGUCCUCAGCCUAUUGUUCAGCAGCCCACAAAUGUACAUAUUUUCUCUGAAGGACGUUGGAGCCGGAGUGUAUGACUGCUGGGGUGACUUCGUUGAGCCCUGGGGUGCCAAAGCGUAUAUAACUUGGAUUAGCCUUACCAUCUACAUCAUACCAGUGGCCAUCCUGAGCCUAUGCUAUGGGCUAAUAAGCUUUAAGAUCUGGCAAAACUUUAGAAUGAAAACCAAGAGGGAGCAGUGCAUAAGCCUCACCCCGAAGACUUCGAAAGGCCAUGCGCUCACCCGGGUGAGCAGUGUAAAGCUCAUCUCCAAAGCGAAGAUAACCACCGUUAAAAUGACAUUUGUCAUAGUCCUGGCGUAUAUUGUUUGCUGGACACCUUUCUUCACCGUGCAGAUGUGGACGGCUUGGGAUCCAGCGGCGCCCCGGGAAGCCAUGCCCUUCAUCAUCUCCAUGCUGCUGGCCAGUCUGAACAGUUGCUGUAACCCGUGGAUCUACAUGUGCUUUGCGGGCCACCUGUUCUCAGACCUGAGGCAGAACUUUGUGUGCUGCUCGGCCCGCUACCUCAAGUCCUCCCAGUGCCACUGCGAGCGUGACAACGACUCCAGCCGCAAAAGCAACUCCUCCACCUACGUUAUCAAGAGCACCAGUAGCCAGAGGAGCGUCACACAGACCUCCACCACAUGAGACGCCCUCACUUCCCACAAUGGUACCUGCCCAGUCAGAACUGUAAACCCCUCACACACACCCUCCACCACCGCCCCAAACCCACAUUUCUCCUUCCCCUACUGUUGUCCCGCUCUGGGGGAGGCUCACCUAAAACUAUUGCACUGAUUUUUAUAUUUAGUCUCAGACAUGGUUUGUCAAGAGUAAAUUGAACAAUUGAUUGUUGUACAGAUGGAGAUUUAUUUGGGGACAUGUUGAACGUCUCCACUUACAGGCAAAUAUCCUGUCGCAGUUCAGAGUGAGUCAUCCAUUGAUUGUGUUUUCAGACUGAUGGAUUUACAUAUUUGGUCCGUGGAGGAGGACAGGAAAUGGUAAAUGAAAAAUGAAGCACUGACUGUCUGUCACUCCCAACCAAGGAGAGGAGGGAGCUGUGUUCUCCUCACCAUGGACUUAAAGCCCAUUAACAUAGGCCUCCCAUGCCACAGACUUUGUGUCAAUCAGAUCUGUAAUGGUGGUUUGGAUUGUGAAUACUGACCAAGACAGGGACAUUUCUUAUUCAUUUUGUCAGCCUGAAGGUAAAGCUACUCUCCUCUCGCAUUGCUUUGCACAUAUUGACAUAUAGGAUGUCUCCUGUGCUAUGUUGCUCAUGUCUGUUGUAUCACACCAUCCUUUAGGUCACACACACAGUACAUUUCCAUUAUUACACAGUUUGUGAAAUGACAACUGCCAUAUCUGUCAUGCUGUAAAUGUUUACUUCAUUUUACAGAAGGCAACUCAAUAAACUACCUACCAUUUUCUUCUAGGAUGAACAUAAACAUCCAAAUGUAUUUCUAUGAAGAUUGUGGUAUACUUUGGCAAAAAUGUUCCUACGUAAUUACUCUGUCUGUACUUUUUGAGUGGUAGGCUGACGUCUUCUUCAUUGCAAAAUAGGAUUGAGCAAAUGGAUUACACACACUCAGAACACUCAGAAUUGGGAGAGCAAUUCCAUGAAUCCUGCUUUGAUCUAUCUGGAUUAUUCAAUAUAUUUUAGAACCUAUUGCAUAAAGAGGGUGACCUGCCUUAAUUAUGAAUCUAUUUGAAACUCUGUUCCUUGUGCACAUCACAAAUGGCAGUAUUCUUUUAUUUUACUUUUUACAAAGUUGGCUUCUGCUUGUGCUGUAAACGUCUUGGUUUUUCAAUCCUUAAACCUACUGAACAUUUAAUAGAAAACAUCAUUCCCUUAUUUGCAUUUAAAGUAUGCACUGUAUGUAUCUCUUAUUUAUUUGAAAUAAAUUGUUUGUGUUCUAUCAAGUGAGUCUGAAAUGU